AUGGUGGAUGAAAAUUAUUUGUGCUCGAAAAGCAUACCGGAUGAUCGAACUGGCUCUCAGCUUGAUCUGCCAGCAGGAUAUCCGGUGGAAUUUCUGGUUAAUAAGGGAAGCGAUGAUUUCAUCGUUGAAACCGUCGAAGCUUCCUUCCGAUACCCAAUGGAUUUCAACUAUUUCAUCCAGAACUUUUCGGCCAUUGCUUACAACCGUAAGGUCAAACCCGGUUAGGAGGCUACAGUCUCCUAUUCGUUCCUACCGUCGGAAUCGUUUGCCGGAAGGCCGUUCGUUUCAAACAUUGCCUUGAACUAUCGCGAUGCCAGUGGAAAUCAGUUUUCUGAAGCUGUUUUCAACGAUACCAUCACAAUUACCGAGGUGGACGAGGGUUUGGACGGGGAAACCUUUUUCCUGUACGUUUUCCUAGCUGCUGUUGUGGUUUUGUUGCUGGUUCUGGGCCAGCAAUUCCUCGGAUCAUACGACAAACGAAAGUGCUCGCCGGCCGUGAGAAAGACCGUCGAAACGGGAACUAGCAAUACUAAGGAUGUGGACUAUGAGUGGAUUCCAGCUGAGACCCUGAAAAAGAUUCAGGACUCUCCCAAGGGUAGCAAAGUGUCUCCUAAACAAAGCCCCCGACAGCGAAAGACGAAGCGGGCUACCGGUUCGGACGAUUGAACUGCAUUUACUCAACAAUAAGCGGGAGUAAUGGGAGAGAGGAGGAUUGUUAAGAUAGGAUAGAUGCUGAUCUGUGUGCGAGCCGGAGAGAUGCUCCACUCUCGGAUUAUCUCGGAGAUU